CGAGGCUCCCGCCCCUCCAAGAUGGCGGCGCCCAGCAGAAGAGGGGCCAGCGGUUAGGCGAACGGCGGCCGAGGCGGUUGAAGGGGCGGUGGUCGCUUGCGCCCCUCGCGGCGGGCAAGCCCUGCCACCUCCACGCUUGGAGAGGCUGGGGACGAGGCUGCGGCCUUGAGGACUGGGCUUCCGAGCUCUACGUCGUGGGAGGGGGGACGCCCCCUCGGGGGGAGGGGAUUCCCGCGCGCCCUCCCCUCCCCCUCCUCAGUAUUUAUGGGGCGCCCUUCUUGCUCCGAAAGCGCCCCUCCCUCGAAGAACCCCCUUUUUUUCCGACCCAGGCCAUCAGCUGCAAAGCUCCCCCCCCCAAUUUCUUUGAAAGGGGUCCCAGACUCUGAACUGAAUUAAAAGGCAACUUCUCUGGACAGAAAAGAAAUAUUUUUAUUCAAAUACAUUUCAGCAAGAAAGACCCCCCAGGGGGAGGAAGAAGGUGGUGGAAGCAUCCCCCCCCCCCUGAAUUGAGGGGGCGUUGUGCCCCAGCUUCCAUGGAUGGGGCCUAGUGGUUUGCAAGCCCCCCUCCCCCACCUCGAUUUGGGGUGAGGGCUGGAAACUCUCUGCACCAGAAAAAAAUAUUGGAGGGGCUGACUUCCUUUGGGGAGAAGAAUUGUCCAGUUCUCCACUCUCACAAAUUUGGACCCGCCGGCCCAUUUGCCCCUUGAUGCACAGUGAGCUACGAGUUUUGCAGGAGUUGGUUGCCAAAGCAUCUUUUCCUCCCUCCCUUAACAUACAAAACUAGGGAGCAGAACGCACACGUGGGCCUCUCCUCCCUGCUGCCUUUCCGGAGCCGUGCAGUUGGUUCUUGGCUGUGGCUGAUUCUUUGAGAGCUCCGUGAUGGAUCUGGUAUUCCUGGUGAUCAACGGCAUGGGGCUGGUGUUGGAUCUGCUGGUCAUCCUGCUGGACAUCAACUUCUUCCUCGUUUCCAGCUUCCUCUCCGUCUUGAUCUGGCUCCUGGCCUUCAUUUUCAACCUGCCCAGUGCCACGGUGGCCUGCCUGAGCCAGUUCUGGAAUGGGAUCCUGGUUGUCCUGCUGUGCAUCUUGGAGGCAUUGUAUUGCCUGAUUCUGGGCUCCGUGCACACCGUCCUCAACUUGUUGAGGGGACUCUGCUCCAGCAUGGAGAGCUUGAAAGUCCUCGGCCACCUGUUCACCCACCUGGGCUUGAGAAGCAAAGAAAUUGUUCACCGAGGUUUCUGGAACCUGAUUGGCUCCGGCCAGACACUUCUGAGGCAGAUGUGCGAAGUCUGCGCCAUAGCCAUGAGCCUUGUGGCUUACUUCAUCAACAGCAUAAUCAACAUCUGCCUCAUUGGGACUCAGAACCUUUUUGGCGCGGGGCUGGCCCUCUGGGAUACUAUAGUUGAGCCCUUUCUGAGGAUCAUAGACCUUCUGGUUGCCUUUCUCGCCCGCCUCUCCAGCAGUGCCAUUGCUACGGCCAUUCUCCUGUGGACUCCCUGCCAGCUGGCUGUUGAUCUCCUGGCCUCGGUGAGCAAGCUGUUGAUCAACGUCUUCUUUGUCAACCUGUACGGCAUGGUGUUGCUCUCUGCGAUUGUUGUCACCAGCAUCUUCGUCCUGAACCCUCAGCUGACUUGGACCCUGGCCAACCAAGUGGCCGGCUAUUUGAACACCAUGCCUUCCUACCACCGCUUGCUCAGGGACAUGCAACGCCUUUACCACAUCGUGACCUUGUCCCUGGAGAUGCUGUUGAGCUCCCAGACCUGGCGGAGGUGGGCAGACUGGGGCCUUGAAGUGCUCAGUUGGAGCAGGAACAUCUGGGCGGCUAACCAGCAGGGAGAACGAGAACCACAGCAGGCACUUGAAGCUCCCCAAGAAAGGGCAGGGGGAGCUGCUGUGGGGCAGAGAGUGGCUCUGGAAGAACCGUAUCCACGAAGACAGGGGCCAGCUGGGAACCCACGUCCCCGCCAAAGAGGCAGCAGGGACCAGGCCAGAACGGACAGUGAUCUGGGAACAGGCUCACAGCAGUCUCAGGGGGAAGGACCAAGCGUCUCCCAGACCAAAACUGCCAAAAAGGAGCAGCUGAAUGCUUCGGAAGAAGACGGCGACCUGUGGCGGCUUCUUAAAGAACAAGAAGAACGGAAGAAAUGUGUCAUUUGCCAAGAUCAAGCCAAGACGGUCCUCUUACUACCCUGCCGGCACCUUUGCCUGUGCCAAGAGUGCACUCAGAUCUUGCUGCAGCAGGCCAUCUACCAACGGAACUGCCCGCUGUGCAGACAAAUGAUCUUGCAGACUCUCAACGUCUACCUGUGAGCUCCGGAGGAAGCAGCUCGAUCUCCUUCACCACGUGCUUUUUACCAAAGCACAAGAGGUCGCUGGCCUUUGGACCUCUUAACAGCUGGUAAAGGCUCUCGGUGUCAACACUGAGUUAUUAACACCCCCUCCCUUUAAAAAAAAAAACAAAAUCCAGGGACAUGAGUUGCAAUUAGCGGAACCUGAAAAAUGCUAUGAAUUGUUUCUUUGCACUUCUGUUUUUAUGGUUUGUUGCUUUCGUAAGGGGAAAAAGGAAACACCCCAGUUGCUGGUCGCAGUUAAUAGUUGGGAAACUUCCUGUGGUGAGAGGUGGGUGGCGAAGUCAAGCACCGUAUUCCGAUGUGGGGGUAAAGGAGUCCAAUGGCUGUUUUUUUUCAUCCAGAGUACAAAAAGCACAGGUGCUGAUAUUUUGGGUUUUCUAUCAUUUGGUGUUUGGGACAAAAACGUCUUUAAGGGACAUAGCUGAUAAACAGGUCUGAAAAGAGGAAUAAGAUAAUUCUGCCGUUUAUUAUUGGAGUCAGAAUGUCUCCUGCCACUCUUUUCAUUUUUUUAAAAGUUCAUUGUAACUUCACCUCUGGAUGGUUUUAUUGAUCUCUGUAGAACAUUGCCUGACUCAUGUAAGACACUUAUUAUUAAUUCCUGCUUAAUAAGAGAAGUCUACACUUCCAAACCUUGAUCUGGACGGGUUUGGUGCUACCCACCGAAGGGGAUGUCAACCUCUUGUGCAUUUUAUCACAGCCGUGCAUUGUCAAGUUUCACAAGGCACAACUAACGUCUUAGAUUCUGGCUGUUACUGAGCAUCUCGAUGUCCAGUUUUAUACCAUUAGUCCAAAUAUUAUUUCCAAGACUGUAUGUAUGUUUGUCCAGAUUCUUGAGAAAAUAAGCUGGACACCGAAUGUGUAAACUGAGAGAGCACAUAGAUGCUUCAUAGAGGAGCUUAUUACACUUACGGAAGAUCGUAUUCCACCCACCGGCAUGCAAUUUCCACAGGUUAUCUAUGCAAAAUAGUACAUUCCAGCUCUAUUGCACAACUCUCAAUUCCCUUCUUCCCUCUUUUGAGGAUAAUUUUGGGAACCUAAUAGUACAGCUAUAGUUUUGCUAGCUAGCAAAUGGCUCUAAGUAGCAGUGGAAGGUUAAAAUGACACUGAUGGUUUAGACCAGUGAAAAGGCUUUUUACGAUUCCUCGUCUGGACUGGUUUUUAGAACAUGGGGAAGUAAGUUCUAGAAGUCAUAAUUUAAUUCCGGAAAGCAGAAUUGCUGAGGCUUCUAAGGAGACAUUGUCGGAUCAGAGGUGUCUAACCUUGUCGACUGGGGAAUUCUGGAAGUUGAUGUCCACGCUUGGUCCACAAGCGACCAAAGUUAGAUGCCCCUUUUGCAGAUCCUGUAAAGGUAAUUUUAAGGAAAAAGAAGGCGGUUGUGAUUACAGUGGUUUGCUUGGUUGGAGAGAGAUUGUUGUUUUCAGAGGCAGUCAUUAAAUAUCCACAGGACUGCUUGGAAGGCCAGCCUUGAGUGUACCAAUUGUCGGGCGAUUAAGUGCACCCAUUUAGUAGAAUCAGUUGUUGUUUUCUUUAAUGUUUGAAUUGGAAAGAAAAAUGAGAAAUUUUGAAGUUCUUCUGUUGUUAUUUUAUUUUUAUUUUUUUGCAACGGCUGAAUUAUUGAUAGCUCUUCCACCUCUAAGUGGAACCUGGUUGAAACCGCAGCUCCAAGUGGCUGGAUCCCAGCUGUGCAAAUGGGCUGAAUUGCAGCAGCCUCCACAGAGCAGGGGUUUGAGAAGGUGGCACACUUUUUUUUCCUUGGAAUCCAACCCUGCUGAUUUUAAGAAGCGUCUCUUUUUCCAGGGAGGUUUGCCGAGAAGGCCGAGACUCCCUGCGGAAAAAUCGGCUGUCGCUAACACAGGCUGGGGAGGGCGGGGGGGGGGGGACGGGGCUCAGUGUCUCUCUUGAGUAAUGCAUAUCACAGCUCCCCUUUUUGAGAUGUUGCUUGACAUAUCUUUGGAGAUUGUCCAGUUCAAGUCCUCAGGGCACUAAACUUGUCUUUGCACAAAGCAGAUUUUUCCAGCAUUUAAAAACAACAACAACCCAGAGAUCCUACCCUGCUAGAUGGGGAAGUUGAAGUCAGCUGUAAACAUUCUCAACAACAGGUUUUGAAGGGCUAUCAUGUGUACCACCCAAAUUUCAAGGGAAAAAUCUCUCUCUCUCGAGAAGAUUUGCCAUCAAUUUGCAAGAGGAACAUUGUAUAAAGUACAAUUUGCUGCGGUCUGUGUCUCUCUGGCUACAGGUAGAUGAGGAUCACAGCCCCUGUCGUCCUCUUGUUAACAUUUCCCACCUACCUGAACCAUUUGUUCCCUUCAAAACAAAAAGAGGAGCUAUUUUUGUCCACGGUUUUAUUUUUCAUCUGCAUCCGCAGCCAGGGAGACAUAAAAACCCCAGCCAUCAUCUACGCUGGUUUUUAAUUUUGUUUUACUUGAAAGUCUUCUGCUGUUUUGUUUUCCUAAUCUGAUUUUAAACCUUAGAAUUAAAUUGGCAAAGCAGUGCUUAACUUGUAGCUGAGAACUAACGUCGUUCCUUUUAUGUUUGGGGGAAGCUGCAGGAUUCUCGGGAGCUGGAGGGGUAAAACGAGGGAAUUGACCGAUUGCUAAACUUGAGUGCCUUAAUGCUGGCAGUGCUGAAGAUCUGUGUUUGUGUGCGUGCAAAGGAGGAUCUCUUCAGGUC